ACAAAUAGAGAAGAUGCAUACUGCACUAGUUGUAAUAGUUUGUGUUUAUGAGUUGCUGUUGAGAGAAAGUGAUGGUUACAUCGUAGAUCAUAAGCACAGGUGUGACUGUAAUCAAGUCAGUCACGGCUUCCGUCGCGAUUUGUGGCAGAAAGAAGCAAUCCACUUUUGUUUUCCACGAGGACGUGAAAACAAGAAGUGUAAAGUUCUAAGUGCUGAUGGUGUAGGAAUCGACUGUCGCAAAUUUGGUGAGCAUUACCAUUUACAAGGUGGUUUUCCAAACAGACUUGCUCAAUGCUGUGAGAAAGAAGGACAGAGACUCGUUCGUUGCGAAAUUCCAAAUGCUGUUUUCUCAUACCAUGAAGGCGUCAAUAUCAUGUACUUUGAUAAGGUCUUGAGAAGCCUAAAAAGUGCAAAUCCCAGCAACCCACUAGACGGUAAAUUUAUAAUAGAGUUGUGUGAAAUGGAAUUUGAUGAGCUGCCACCUCCCACGCCUUCGCCAGUCGGAAAUAAUUCAUCACCAGUCACGACGAGGAAAUCACCAGGUGGAAUCCCUGUUUCUAUGCCCACGGACCCUCCAUCACCCCAACCUGUGGUCUAAGAUUAUCCAGGGGUUCUGUUGCUUGGAAAAGCAAAGGAAGCUUGUUUGUGUUUUAGUCAUACUAAUAUUACAUGAAAUUUGCAGUAUGACCAUAAAUAAAAACAUCGUAAAAAUGAA